GAUUGUCCCCGCUCGAGUCCAUCCCCCAGUCAGUGCCAUGCGGUUCCUUCGAAGGCAAACACGUCGCUUUCGCGCCUCCUGGCAGCCCUUGGUGCCGCGCCGAUUCCGCCGUUGGAAACUCCAUACCCAAUUGGUCCUGUUUUGCGUCGGCUUCACAGUGCUCUUCAAUAUUCUGUAUGGAGUCUAUCUCGGUCGCUUCUCCUUUAGACGCAAAAGGUUUGCCUUUUCCAAGGGAGUUACUGUCUACAGUUUUGUGGUGGCUUCCCUUUUUGGAUCUUACUACAUCUGGAACAUUUAUAAAGAAGUUUCCACGGGUCAGAUGAGCUCACGGCACACCAUAGGAAUCUAUUGCUACAUGAACGUCUUUGUUUGCCUGUUCAACUACGUGACACAGUGGGAGAAAACAUUGCAGAUAAUUCGGUUCCAAAAUAGUGUGCCUAUAUUUAAGAUCCUGGAUUCAUUGGACAUGUCGGUGAUGAUAGUGUGGCGGGCCUUUAUUUACAGCAUACUCAAGAUCCUUAUUUGCCCACUAAUCGGUUAUAUAACCCUGAUUCUAUACCAAAAUCGGGUCCACCCGGACCAGCAGUGGACGAGCCUGGCGACCGCGAGGACCAUGUUGCCGCUUAUAGUAUCGAAUCAGAUAAACAACUGCUUCUUUGGAGGCCUGGUAAUUGCCAAUUUGGUAAUAGCCUCUGUCAACAACAAGUUGCACGACAUAGUCAAGGAGGUCAAUAGGCUGCAGUCCCCUGUCCAGAUGAACCUCCAGAAACCCUAUUACCGGAUGCGUCGUUUCUGUGAGUUGGCUGAUAACUUAGAUGAGUUGGCCGAGAAAUAUAGAGUCACUGCGGGCUGCUCGAGGAAUUACCUGCGAUUCACGGACUGGUCCAUGGUCCUCUCGUUGCUAAUGAACCUCAUCGGCAUCACCUUGGGAUUCUACAACCAGUACUUGGCCAUUGCGGAUUACUACAUCAAUGAGGAGCCCUUUGAUCUUUACCUGGCCAUAAUUCUCCUGGUAUUCCUGGCUGUUCCCUUCCUGGAACUCAUCAUGGUUGCUCGGAUAAGUAACCAAAUGCUGCAGGAGACCAGGAGAACUGGUGACCUCUUGCAACGAUUCGAUCUCCAGCACGCCGAUGCCCGUUUCAAGCAAGUGGUGAAUGCUUUUUGGCUACACGUCGUCACCAUUGACUGGAAACUAGAGCCCCUGGGUCUCCUGGAACUCAAUACCUCGUUGGUCAAUACGGUUUUCUCGGCCGUCACUAGUUUUCUAUUGAUACUCAUUCAAAGUGAUUUGACGCUCAGGUUUUCUCUAAAAUAG